AUGUUGGAGCGCGUGCAGCCGAGCGGCGGCUCGCGCUCUGAUGGUGCUGAGGAGAGGAGACGGACCGUCAACCACCGAAGCUUCACUUUCUCUGCUCAUAUGAACAGCCCAGUUACAUCCCAAUUACAGCCAAGUUACGCCCAAUUACAGCCAAGUUACGCCCAAUUACAUCCCAAUUACAUCUCAAUUGCAUUCCAGUUACAUCCAAAUUACAGCGUCAGUUACAUCCCAGUUACACCCCAAAUAGAUCACAGUUACACUCCAAUUACACCCCAAAUAGAUCGCAGUUACAUCGCAGUUACAUCCAACUUAAAUCCCAGUUGCAUCACAGUUACAUCCCAAUUACAGCCAAAUUACGCCCAAUUACAGCCAAGUUACGCCCAAUUACAGCCAAGUUACGCACAAUUACAUCCCAAUUACAUCUCAAUUGCAUCCCAGUUACAUCCAAAUUCCAGCCCAGUUACAUCCCAAUUCCAGCCCAGUUACAUCCCAAUUACAGCCAAGUUACGCCCAAUUACAUCCCAAUUACAUCUCAAUUGCAUCCCAGUUACAUCCAAAUUACAGCGUCAGUUACAUCCCAGUUACACCCCAAAUAGAUCACAGUUACACUCCAAUUACACCCCAAAUAGAUCGCAGUUACAUCGCAGUUACAUCCAACUUAAAUCCCAGUUACAUCACAGUUACAUCCCAAUUACACCCCAAAUAUAUCACAGUUACAUUCCAAUUACAGCCAAGUUACGCCCAAUUACAUCCCAAUUACAUCUCAAUUGCAUCCCAGUUACAUCCAAAUUACAGCGUCAGUUACAUCCCAGUUACACCCCAAAUAGAUCACAGUUACAUCCCAAUUACACCCCAAAUAGAUCACAGUUACAUCCCAAUUACACCCCAAAUAGAUCACAGUUACAUCACAGUUACAUCCAACUUAAAUCCCAGUUACAUCACAGUUACAUCCCAAUUACAGCCAAAUUACAGCCCAGUUACAUCCCAGUUACACCCCAAAUAGAUCACAGUUACAUCCCACUUACAGUUACAUUCCAGUUACACCACCAUUACAUCCCAAUUACAUUACAGUUGCAGCCAAGUCACACCCAAUUACAUCCCAGUUGCAUCACAGUUACAUCCCAACUAGAUCACAGUUACAUCCCAAUUACAUCCAAGGUACACUGCCAUUACAUCCCAGUUGCAGCUAAGUUGCACCCAAUUACAUCCCAGUUGCAUACCAGUUAAAUCCUAUUUACGCCCCAAAUGGACCACAGUUCCAUCCUAAUUCAAUCCUAUUCACACCCCAAUUAGAUCCCAGUUACUCCCAAGUACAUCCCAGUUACACCCAGACUACACAGUAUUCCUACAUGGUAGUCCCGCCCCUCUUCCACUACAUAAGCAAAUCUGUGAGUGCUGAGUUUUAUUUUCUUUUUUCAGUUAAUUAAAUCCAUCACCAGUGUUUAUACAGUACACGUCUUCCAGUUGGAAUUCUCAAUCUAUUGGAAUUCUCACACUAUUUUACUACACAAUGACAGAAUAGUGCAAAAGUAUGUGCUUUUUCUCCACAGAGACAAGCCUUUCCCAUGAAUUCAUACACUCACUUAUUUCAGUCUGUAUUAAAGCACUUAACCAGCUUGCCAUGUGUUGGUCCACUAAGUUUUAACCUGGGCAGUCAGGUUUCCAGGCAACCAAAACACCAGACUGGACAAACACCACAGCCUUCCUUUUCCCGUUACCCCCUGAACCACCACACAGCCAGCAGAGGGCAGCGUUCAGCUGAAAGGUGUGUAUAACUCUUCACACACACGUUUAUUGAUGUAAUAUCCAAUAAACACCCAGUGUUUUCCUCACAGAUCUAAACUGGUUGUAAGGUGAUAUUGUGGUAGGAAGUAUGGACCAACCAGAUCACCCUCAGACUCUCAGACUCGACUGUGAACUAUAUUUCAUUGCCAAUCUCUGUAUGAUCUAUUUUAGUAUCGCUCAUGGUCAAGAAGCACAUUGUGAACUUUAAGAACCAGGCAGGUGUAAAUGUUAGGUGGUAGUGUUAGGUGUUAAUGUUAGGUGGUAGUGUUAAGUGUUAAUGUUAGGUGGUAGUGUUAGGUGUUAAUGUUAGGUGGUAGUUUUGGGUGGUAGUGUUAGGUGUUAAUGUUAGGUGGUAGUGUUAGGUGGUAGUUUUAGGUGGUAGUGUUAGCAGCAGGUGUUAAUGUUAGGUCCCAGUGUUAGUAACAGGUGGUAGUGUUAGCAGCAGGUGUUAAUGUUAGGUCCCAGUGUUAGUAACAGGUGGUAGUGUUAGUGACCGUGGUAGUGUUAGUGGCAGGUGGUAGUGUUAGGUGGUAGUGUUAGUGACAGGUGGUAGUGUUAGUGACCGUGGUAGUGUUAGUGGCAAGUGGUAGUGUUAGGUGGUAGUGUUAGUGACAGUGGAAAUGCUAGGUAGAAGUGUUAGGCGGUAGUGUCAGUGUUAGGUGGUAGUGUUAGUGGCAGGUGGUAGUGUUAGGUGGUAGUGUUGGUUGGUAGUGUUAAUGACAGUGGUAGUGUUAGGUGGUAGUGUUAGUGACAGUGGUAGUGUUAGUGGCAAGUGGUAGUGUUCAGUGGUAGUGUUAGUGGCAGGUGGUAGUGCUAGUGGCAGGUGGUAGUGUUAGUGACAGUGGUAGUGUUAGGUGGUAGUGUUAGUGACCGUGGUAGUGUUAGGUGAUAGUGUUAGUGGCAGGAGGUAGUGUUAGUGACAGUGGUAGUGUUAGGUGGUUGUAGUGGCAGGUGGUAGUGUUAGAGGCAGGAGGUAGUGUUAAUGGAUUGAUGGAUAUUCUCUAACAGCAUAUCUGCAGCUGCAAAUCACAAGUUGAUGCGCUACUACGUUCAGUAUAAUACGCUAUCUUUUCCAUAGUAACGUCCCAGCUUACCCAGCAGAGCGGAUUUACUGUGAGGAAACACCAUGGUGAAUGUGGCCCCAGAUAAACAUGUGAGAUAUUCCUGUGGUGCUGCUGUAAGGGUUAAGGAUUAUAAAUGGCUCCAGAUGUGAGCGGUGGGUGUGUGCUGGACGUGAGGGAUGACACUGCUCCACUUCAUCACUGUCCAAUCAGGUUACUGUCUAACCUGCUCUGCCUCACUGACACUCUAAUUCUUGCUGAUGGUUUCCACUCUGGGACGUCCGUGUCAU